AUGUUCUGGGACGAUUGUCAAGGCGAGAUCAUUGCCGCCAUGAACGACCUGGACCUUGGAGGAGGCGACGACGGCGGCGCCAACGAACGAAGGUCAAGCCACAAGCUCUACACGCCCGCUAGCUUUGCUGCUUUCCUGAAAUUCAUCAAGAGCAGGGUGGAAGUGGAUGACUGGACCGCGUUUAUUGAAGCGAUGCUCAUCCUAAUUGAGCAAGAGCCGUCCCGGCAACCGCCUGGGGACAGUGAGCCGGUCGCUGAUUACACCCCGGAGUUGAGGGCCUGGCUGCACCUGUUUGGCGUGCGUAAGCUUGAAUGGAUCAAAUGGAAGGCUGCCGACGACGCCGGAAACUUGGUGUCGAGAUGGGAGCGGCUUUGGCAGUUGCGGACGUGGAAGUCCAUUCCGCCAGUGAUGUGCGUGACGGUGGUGGUGCCCAAGGAGGCGUUACCCAGGGUGGGCAGGCGACAGCAAAGCUGCUACGGGUUCGCGGCGGUGCAACUCGGUUAUGGAUGGCCGCAAAAUGGCGGCACUCGCGUCAGAGGCCCCGGUUCGAUCUUCACAGUUGAGCCCACGCGUCCCCCGGGUUUGGGAGGGGAAUACCACUUGGCCAUGUCCUUUAUGGUCCCGACAUCUGUGCUUCUUCAAGAUGAUCAUGAGAAGUUGAUGGUCAAGGUCCAGUUCCGACGGACUCCCAACACCGGCGAUUAUGAAGGUGAUCUAGGACCUGGAUUGACCAUACACGAAACGCCCAUCCACAACUACGACCAGGUCGUCAUCACCAGAAGCCCGCCUAGGCUGACUGGCACUCCAACCGUGCACGAGUUUCCCAGGUCAGUACCUCCUCCAGAUAUGCAGGCCACGACAACCAUCACAGGCAAUAUCGAAAACGGCACAGGUAAAAUCACCUCCCUGACCGCCCGCAUUCGCUUCAUAUGUCCCGAACUGAACUCUCGUCUCGCAAACGGUUACACCGCCCACUGCGGCCCGGUAUCACCGUGUACAUACCUCAUCACCCUCAAGGGCACCCUCACUGCAAGAGUCUCUAACAUGAAUUCCACAAAGUUGGAUGAGCCGGUUCCUCUGUUCAUAUCCGCACCAGAAGAAGGGUGGAAAUGGGAAUUAACCUUCCCCUUUUCGUUCCCCUUUCUUUCAAACGUGACCCAAGCACAACUCAUUACCGGCCCCGUGAGUCCUGCCAACAACUUCAUCGAGCUGAUCGUCCCUGUCAUCCGCCCGGAGGAUUUCCGGGGAAUCACCGCCGCUUCCCCAUCAUGGAUCUACCCCGUUGUCCUCCCCCUCCCCUCUUCAUCCCCGCCGGUGCCAAUCUCAUGGUCCCUGCCCUAUCUUCCCUGCAUCGACAAACUUCCAGUUAUCGACCUUGAGAAAAUCCGUAAGUCCUCGGAACCCUCCUGGAACUGUUUCAAGCGGUGGUUCGACAAUUACACCCACAGCAUCUAUUCCGAUUGGGAGCAGGAAAAGUUGAACAAAACGGAACCCAUACAAGGACACCCGCUGAGCGCUGGAGAGUCAUCCUCGAUGCUUUGGAAGAAGAUGCUGAGGGUCAUGUUUAUGCGCUUUGCCGGGGCCUCGAAGAGGAAGACUACUUUUGCCCUCUGCCGCAAACCUCAAAUGACGGUGGAGAUGGUCUUCUUUAUGUCGCGUCUGAGGCUUGACAUUGCAAAUCGGUGCUUGGUGCUUGACGGAGGAGUUCUGGUGAGGACGGCGGAGACGAGUGGGUUGAUGGAUGAGUUGGAGGAGGUGUUCAAGAACGCUGAUGCUACAGCGCUAGCGGAUGCCGAGACUCAGACACCAAAUGAGCCGGACAACUCCACUAUGCGCCACUGCGAGACUACACCUAGCGGCAUCCAGAUCUGGAAGGAACUCCUCCCAGCUUAUGUCGAGCGUUGCCGAACGUGGGAGCAUGACCCCGAAAGAUGCGAGUACCUCCACCGCGCUGGUAAGACAGGAGUGAUCACCCCAAUGGAUGUUGAUGGAGAGGAAUCCUCGGUCCUUUGCAGCUGUGGCAACGGGCGGCUCCCGGACAAUGAGAGAGUCCCGUCGGAAGUGUGGGAGAUGACCAAUAGGCAUCUGGUGAGGGUGGCCAUCUCCCUUCCGUUUGGAUGUCCAUUUGUCGAGGAGCCGUAUCUGCCGGAGGAAAAUCAGGCUCCGCCGCCGCCGCUGCCGCCGCCGGGUAGUGCUCCUGAAGUAAGGAGCGAAGUACUGUUCCAGGAAUUGUCAAAGGGCUGA